UGUCCCCUGGAGACGGCAGUUGCCGCUCAUGGCGGCUGGGCCUUGAUCCCGCUGCCCCCGUUCGGAGACCGGCUCGCGAUCCCGGGAGAUUCCAGAAUGUUCAGGAACCUUCUCUCGAGCGGCUCCUUGAUCCGGGCCCUGCACGCGGCGCUGACGUGGGCGGUGACGUUGGUGCUCUUCCUGUUCGAGACGGAUCUGAGACGGAGUGAGAAUCGUGGUGAGUUCCUCCAGCCAGUUUCCUUUGUGCUGCUGGUUUUCUGCUCAAUGUUACUGUACUUCAUCACCUCCCUCAUGGACCCAGGAUACGUCACAUUUGAUGAUGAAUUAAAGGGCCGGAUUCCUCAGGCAAAUCAGGGUGUGGGGAAUGAGAAAGAGCAGAUGAUCCCUGUGGUACAGAAACCACAUAGACUGAGGCGCUGUGGAUUCUGCAUGGUCCAGCAGCCCAUGCGUUCCAAACACUGCCAGUCAUGUCAGCACUGUGUACGUCGAUAUGACCAUCAUUGCCCUUGGAUUGAAAACUGCGUGGGGGAAAGGAACCAUCGCUUCUUUGUGCUUUACCUGAUGCUGCAACUCGCAGUUCUGCUGUGGGCCUUCCACGUUGCAUGGUCAGGAUUUCAUACUGAGGCCGCAUGGAAAGACUGGCUCCAAGUCAAUCUGCUUCUACUGUUGGCAUUUAUAAUCAUUAUCAUUUUCACUGUGGUGGUGAUGCUGCUACUAGUGUCACAUUUAUACUUGGUAUCGAACAACACAACGACGUGGGAAUUCAUGUCUCGCCAUCGCAUCUCCUACUUGAAGCAUUGUGGCUCAGAGGAGAACCCAUUUGACCAGGGCAUCCUCAGGAAUUUGUGGACAUUUUUCUGUGUGAGCAAGACAGUCGUGUGGGAAAGGAUUUAUUUUCAGGAUGAAGAUAGGCUGGUGUAGCGAGUGGCAAAAUUAACAAAUGGACUGUUUUCAGUAAUUUCUAUUUUGUUUUUCUGUCUCACUGGAAUGGUAUUAUUUAUUAUGGGCAAUGUCAUAACGUUGAAGUUUUCUCCAAAGUGUCAGGCUCAGAGACAGUCUGAGAUCUUUGAAAUAGAGAGCUCAGGGCUAGGUGAAUACUUUUUCUGUAGUGUCCAGAGUGUCCCACAACAUAAAAAGUGAAAAGUAAAAGUAAAAGGCCAGGAUUACUGUCAUUGACUUCCAAGAAAGGAGGAGGAGGAGUGGGAGAGGAAAUGUGAUCAUUAAGGAAUUGAAGUUAUCCUCCAUUUGUGCUGUCAGUCUCUCCAAAGAUUAAAUAUGCACUGAUUGCUCCUUUAUCUAACAAUGCACUUUAAAUGUAGUCAGUUUUGAUACUUCAAAAACAGGAAUAACUUACUUUUUGUUAUAUUCUGAAACAUUUAAUACUAGCAGCUAACAAUCUAAUUAACCUUUUCAUUAUUCACUUGCCUGAAACUGACUUUAGCUGUAUUGAAUCAAAUUACUACUUAAAGAACUUCAUUGUUACCUUCAUGUUCUUAAAAUUUAGUAAACCCCAUUGAUCACUAAACUUACUUUUAAAUUAUUUCAAUUUCUAUUAACCAUGUCUUAAAAUCUAUUCUUUUCUAUUUUUACACUGUUGUACCAAGCUCUAUCAGACCACUUCACACAGGUGAAUGUAUUUUGUGCUCAAUUGUAAACGUUAUAAAUAAAUUGUUAUAUUUGAACUGCUGCAGAAGUCGGAAAUAGAGUCACGUCAUCUACAGUUCUGGGGAAAAGCACAAGGGGUCAGGCAGCAUCCAAAGAGCAGGAGAUUCGACGUGUUCGGCAUAAGCCUUUCACCAGAAAACCUUUUCCAGCACUACACUCUUGACUCUGACCUCCAACAUCUGGAGUCCUCACUUCCUCAAUUCUGGGGAAGUAUUGUCCUGAGGCUGAAAGUUGCAGGUUUAGGUAUUACUCCAGAAACUUGAACAAUAAAUCUAAGCUGAGGAAAUGAUAGAAUAGCCUUUGUCAUGUGCACUCAAACGAGUGCUUUGAAGAGUUUGCAAUAUUGCCUCUUGGUACAGAUACUUUAAGUGUUGUUACUGAAUUAAAAUAGUAAAAAAAAUACUAGCAUGUGAAUACAGUUUAAAAAUGUCCAGAAUGAGAAUAAAAGUAUCUUUAAAGUACUCAAGUUAUAGGCCUUUUUCACAGAGUCCAUACCUGCCAGAGUUCAGUACAUGAGGCCCUCAUGUGCUAGUCUCUGCCCUGGACUCUCCUCCAGGACCCAUCCUCUGGCCACAACUUAAGUCCCAGCUUGGUCUGCACUCGCUCUGCUCCUGCUCUGGCUGUGACUCACUUCUGGGACUUGGCACAUGUUCUGCUCCCCCUCCAGGCUCCGGCCACGACUUGCUGAUGCACCAUCAGUGGAGUCAUCUUUCAGUUAAGAUGUCACCUCUCAGGUGGAUGUAAAAAUCUGACAUCAUGGCAAAGGUGUGUGGGGAGGGGGGUGGAAUUCAUGCUGGUACCCUCAGCCACUAUUUAUCCCUUACCUGAGAUCAUACAGAUUAUUUGGUUAAUGCCAUGUAACUGUCAGUGGGACUGUUCUGCACACAAACUAGUUGCCAUAUCACCUACAUUACAGCAGUAACUACAUUUCAAAAGUAGAUCUUUGAUUAUAAACCACUUUGGAACAUUUGGAUAUUGUGAAAGGUACUACUUUAAUGCAAGUUACUUUGAAAAUAUUACUCUGGCGUUUGGUGCAGUCAGUGUUCAUGUUACAUUAGCUCCAACCAUUCUAAUUGCACCGCAGUUUGUGGGUCAAGAUGAGUUCUACUGUAGCUUUUUGGGCGGAGCAGCCAUUUCCCAAAAGUCCUAAUAAUUAUGUCUGACCAAAUGUAGUUCUCCUUCUUGCAAUAAUCGAUCCUUGAACAGUACCUCUUUUCUAGGUAUUCAUAGUGGUGUAUCCACAACCACUAAGCAAGAGCUUGUCUUUGCUUUAUCUUGGGGCCAAGAGGAUAGCUGGCUGUGAAUCAUUCACACAACCCUUACUUAGUGCUACUUUUAGGUAGAAGUGGCAAAAAAUACAAUGUACCAGAAGUGGUCAUCUGGGAGGUGAGGGAGGGUGGAAGGAGUGACUCCCAGUGAAAAUUCAUCUACAUUUGGAUACCUCAGUGUUCAGGGUAACAAUAACCUAAAACUCCCUGAACAUCUGUUUCUUAAAAGAAAAAAAAUGAAAAACCAUCUCAGACAGACAAUGUGCUAAUAUCUAUGGUUCACAGUCAAAUUUUCUCCAAUUAUGCUCCAACCCCAACUUGGGAGUUUUUUUUGGUAAAGGCAUUGUAAACAGACUUGUUAUACCACAUAAAACACCAAAGAUCCUUCUGUGAUGUCCCUAUUUUGCCUUUCAGAACUCAAUUUGUUUAAGUCAUGAAGUCCUCUUAAAAUUAAUACAUUUGCAGAGAAAUGUUGCAUUCAAUCUGCUAUGUAAAUGAAUGGUUUUACACAGUUGAGAAUGUCUACACUGAAAUUCAGAAUAGUGCAUUGAAGUCAAGUAGAAUGGCUCCUUUGUUCUUUUAAAUCCAGAGGCAAAAGAUUAAAGAAAAUUAUUCAGUCCAUUUCACCCAAUAAUGAGAAAUUACUGAGGUUCUCUCUCAAUCCGAUUAGUUAAGUAGUGUUUUAGUGAUAAGACAUUGCUGAAAUUCAAGCAUGAACAUGUCAAAUGGGAAAUUGGUGAAGCAUGAAAGGAACUUAAAAAAGUCCCUUCACAUUCAAACCUCAAAAAAAUAGUUGCCUCAGUUUACAAUAUGAAAAGUCAAUGACCACAUUGUUCAGGUUUGUUAUUAAUUCAGACACUAGGGUGACAGUUAUUGUUUUCCCAAACAAACAGUUUUACUCAAAACUUAAAAAUGGCAAAUGUGAUUCAUAUUAAACCAGCAAAAUCUCCUUUGACUCAGAAGAUAGUCUAGGGUACAGAUGAAUAAAACUUUUGAUUGGGUACAUUCUAUUGGUGUCUGAAAGAUAGUGUCACUUAAGUUCAUUUCACCCAUUUCAUCUCUGCCUCUGGAGCGGACAAUAUGGUAACACAGACAGACUUGAGAUUAUAGGCAAUUUUGAAAUAUGCAAACAUUUGAUUCCAGAUUUAACAGGAUGACCCUGGACAUGAAAUCCUUUGAUGUCCUUGAUAUGCUAUGCUUCAACUCAAAAGACCUCUUCCAAAACCAAGGAAAAUAGACUAAUGAUAAAACACAACAUGGUUAUAUGAUUAGCAAUAAAAGUCACCCAUAGAAGGGACAUACUUGGUAGAUGUGGAAUCAACCUUCCCAUUAAAAUAUGGCAAAAAUGCAACAAAUCAGAACUGAGAGCUAAAUUAGCCUGAUGAAUUUAAUGAUAGAACAGGAAAAAGGGAAUGGUGUAGGAUUGUAAAUAAAAUCUUAUGAAGCAGUACAGAGCAGUGGAUAUUUUUAUAUCAGUUUUAAAGUAUGAUUAAACUUCUUGAACUGGUUUCUUAUGGAAAUAUUGCACUUAUUUUUGGACUGGAUUCUUUAAUAUAGUUUUGUCUGUCAGAUUAUAUUCUGGAAAAGUAUUGAUUAAAAAAAUCAAAUCUUCA